AUGACGAAUGAUCGAAAUCGUCUUUUAUCAUUAAUUCUUGAACAUUUUAUGAUGUCAUUAAAUGUAAAUGAACAUGAAGAUAAUGAAGAAACUUUUAUAGGUGAAAAACUUACUGAAUAUUCAAAUUUAAAUAUUGCUCUAAUAUUUGAAUUUCCACAUAUCUAUAUUGUUGAAUCUGAACAAUUUACAUCUGAAGAACGUCAAAAAUACGAAACUUUUAAUCAAAUUCGAUUUUUAUAUAUGAAUGAUAGUAAUAAAAAAUAUUCGUGUUAUGUUACACUCUAUUUUUAUUCAACAAUUCAUCUUUUACUACUUUCAGGUACAAAUAAAUAUGUUAUUUCAGCUCAAUUUAUCGAUCUAUAUAGAAAAUAUUUUUUAUCAUCUGAUCUUGUGCAUAGAUUUAAAGAUCAAUGUUCGAUAGAUAAAGUUUAUAAUGAACAAUUAGGAAUGAAUGGUCCAUCAAUAUAUAUAACAUCCGAAGAUCCAAAAUUGCCUCUAUCAAUGAAUCAUGUUGCAUCAUUAAAACGUAUUCAUUAG